AUGGAGUCAUUCUCUGCUGAGACCAACUCAACUGACCCACUCUCCCAGCCUUUGUAUGAACCCCAAAUAAUUCUCUCCAUGGUCAUUCUUGGCCUCACUUUUUUAUUAGGAUUGCCAGGCAAUGGGCUGGUGUUGUGGGUGGCUGGCCUAAAGAUGCAGCGGACAGUGAACACAGUUUGGUUUCUCCAUCUCACCCUGGCAGAUUUUCUUUGCUGCCUCUCUUUGCCCUUCUCCCUGGCUCACUUAGCUCUCCAUGGAUACUGGCCCUAUGGCAGGUUCCUGUGCAAGCUUAUCCCCUCCAUCAUCAUCCUCAACAUGUUUGCCAGUGUCUUCCUGCUUACUGCCAUUAGCGUGGACCGAUGUCUGAUGGUACUCAGGCCAAUCUGGUGUCAGAAUCAUCGCAGAGUGAGGACAGCCUUCGCUAUUUGUGGAUGUAUUUGGAUGAUGUCUUUUGCAAUGUGUAUUCCUGUGUUCAUGUACCGGGAAACAGUCACUGUAGAUGAUUAUAAAAUGUGUAUAUACAAUUUUGAUUUCACCAGCUCAGAUUAUUCGUAUUACACCUAUGAUCCAGAUGAAUUAGAAAAUGGGUCUUUCACCAACUCCAUUGUUCAGCAGCCUGGAAAAAUGGAUGAUAAGUUAAAUUCUUCCUCUUUCCAAGCAAACAAUUAUCCUUGGACAGCCCCCACCAUCCUCCAAUCUCAAACACUUCGAAGACAUUCUGGAGAUUUGAUCCCUGGGGAGUCAGCAAGAUUAUCUAGUCAACAUCCAUCUUACAAUAAUUUUAAGCCUCCUAAUAUUUCAUCUGCAAGCCCCAGUGGGUUUCUCACUGAAGAUCACAAAACUGAUGUACUGCAUAACCCUAAUAAUUUUCUUCCUACUGAUUUAGACCUCUACCCCAGGGCUUAUAGUGAUAACUUUUAUGACCCUGAGCAAUCACAAGAUUUCCAGGAUUAUAAUUUAAGCCAAUUUCCUGGUGACAGUCAAGUGCAAAAAACUAUGAUGAUAAUAACCAUUACAAGGUUAGUGUUGGGUUUCUUGCUGCCUUUUAUUAUCAUAGUGUGCUGUUACAGCAUCAUCGUUUUUCGAAUGCGACGGAGCCAACUGACAAAGUCUCGGAACAAAACUUUCCGAGUGACCGUGAUGGUGGUGACUGUAUUUCUUGUCUGCUGGACCCCAUACCAUAUUAUUGGAGUCCUAUUACUGGUUAUUAGCCCAGGAUCUUCCUUGAGAGGAACACUAUUAUCCUGGGACAAUGUGGCCCUUGCUCUAGCAUCUGCCAAUAGUUGUUUCAAUCCCUUCCUCUAUGCCCUCUUGGGGAAAGAUUUUAGGAAGAAAGCAAAGCAGUCUGUGAAGGGUAUUCUGGAGGCAGCCUUCAGUGAGGAACUCACACACUCUACCAGUUGUUUCCAAAACAAAGUCUUUACAGAAAGAAACAGCAUCAGCACAGGUGUGUGAAAAUACAGAGCAACCUACCUAAGUAGAUGUCUUUAGGUGAGUAUUUGUAAAAGA